AUGGCCGAUAACGGAGUCAACCAACUCACUCAAGCCGACCUUUUAGCCCAGAUGGCCAAGCUACAAGCUGAAGUCAGAAGACUUGCCGAACUAUCCACUCAAAACAGCACCAAUAAACAUGAUGAGAAUGGUUCCAAAGGCUCAGUCAAAGGCAGCGGAGACAUGUUAAGCGUUAACCCGCCAAAGGAGAAGCUGACCUUAGACAACCCCUUCUCCGAAGAAAUCACCAAUUACCAGAUGCCAAAGAAUUUCACACUGCCUUCCUCUCUUGAGCCAUAUAAGGGGAUUGGUGACCCCCGGGCACACAUUAAGAAAUUUCAGUCCAUGAUGUUUUUUAACGGCUCUAAUAAUGAGCAUGUGCUUUGCAGAGCUUUCCCUACUUACCUUGACAGCGCUGCAUUACUUUGGUUCUCAAAAUUACCUGCAGGGUCAAUCUCCUCGUCCGAGGAGCUGGCGAAGUCCUUCAUCGACUAUUUCGCAGCAGCACAGAUAUACAUACACGGAUUAGAUUACCUCAGCACCAUUCGCCAAUGUCCACAAGAAAGCUUGAAAGACUACAUGACCAGAUUUGCUGAAGCAACCAUAGAAAUACCAGAUUUGGACCCUGCCGUCCACCUACAUGCCCUUAAGGUCAGCCUCCGACCUGGAAAGUUCAGGGAAACGAUUGUGGUCACUAAGCCGAAGACGUUAGAAGAAUUCCGGGAAAGGGCGGUCGGACAGAUGGAGAUUGAAGAGCUCCGUGAAGCCGAAAGAACAGAAAGAAAGCAACCUAGGAGGGAGGAAGAUAGAACCACAAGGUCGGCGAAUAACAAAGACUCCAGGAAGCCAUUCAAGCUCACCCCAAAAUUUGACAAUUACACCAGGUUCAACACAAAAUGGGAAAAGAUAAUUAAAGAGAUACUUAACGCUAAAAUCAUAAAACCUCCAGCAAAAGCAGGGAGCUAUCAAGACCAGCGAUUUUUAGAUAAAAGAAAACACUGUGCCUUCCAUCAGAAGUACGGACAUACAACUGACGAAUGCGUGAUAGCAAAAGAUCUGUUAGAGAGAUUAGCUCGGCAAGGCCUCCUGGACAAAUAUCUCGAAGGAAGGAAGCACAAAGAAAAUGGCAGAGACCGAGAAUAA